GGACUGACUGUAGACAUUUAACUGCAACAUUUUAAAAAUUAUUCUUCUUUUCAGGGUAUUUCAAAAUAUUAAUAUUAAAAUAUUGUUUUCAGGCUAAAGAUAUACUAAUUAUAAUUGUAUCAACUGCAUCAUGGAAAAAGAUUUUUCUAAAAAUCUGUUGUCUGAAAUAUACCAACUGUGGUUAGACAGAGAGUUGUGUGAUGUUAAUUUGUCUGUGGAAGGUGUAGUGAUUCCUGCCCACAGGGUUGUCCUGGCUGCACUUAGUCCUUACUUCAAAGCUAUGUUUUGCUCCCAACUGGAUGAAAGCCAUAGGUUUCAAAUAAGGAUACAAGAUCUCAGCCUACCAGCAGUGCAAACCAUAAUCAACUUUGCUUACACUGCUCACCUGGACCUAAGUGAGGACACUGUGCAAUCGGUCAUGCAGACAGCAGCUAUGAUGCAGAUUUCAGCUGUAGAAAAACUCUGCUGUGCAUUUAUCAUAGAGCAUCUCCAUCCUUCAAAUUGUUUAGGGAUUAGGGAUUUCGCUCAUGUGACAGGGUGUUUCGAGCUGAAAGAUGUGGCAGAUAAAUACUGUGAAGAGAAUUUUUUUGAAGUUUCUCAGCAUGAGGAGUUUUUGAAAAUUGAGGUAGAAGAGGUUAUAGGUUUAAUUUCAAGAGACAGCUUGAAGGUCGCUAAAGAAGAGGAGGUAUAUGCUGCUGUAAUGAGAUGGGUAGCAUUUGAUCCUGAGCGCAGUAAAGAGGAUGUAUCUCUACUCAUGGAACAUGUCAGGCUUCCUUUGGUUCAAUGGGAUUUUUUGAUUAAAGAAGUCAGCAAGGACAAACUUUUUGUCACCAAUGAAGACUGUCGAAAUUAUUUACAGCAAGCCCGAGCUUUUCAGGCAAGCUCAUUUCACCCUGAUCUGAUAAACUUUGCCUAUAAUGAAGCUGUGGUUAGAUCACAACCUCGUGCAUUUUUUUCUGCAGCAGACAUUCUUUACUCUGUUGGUGGUGAAUCCUCAAGUAGAGAGAUUCUAUCUUCCUUUGAAAGUUUUAAUCCAUUUACGUAUCAAGCUACACAAUUGCCUCCAUUACCUGAAGCAAAACGUAGCUUAGGAGUUGCAGUGGUAGGAAAAAUUAUUUAUGCAGUAGGUGGAGCCACUGCCACAGAAACUUCAAGAUCUGUUCAUGCAUUCGAUAUUGAUAAACAAACAUGGCAAGCACGUGGUCAGCUAUGUGUGGCACGGAGCAGUGUUGUCGUUAGUGUUGUGGGUGGGGCCAUGUUUGCACUUGGAGGACAUGGAACACAAAACGUACUGUCUUCAUUUGAAAAAUAUGAUGUCGAUUUGAAUUCCUGGUCCCUCAAUGAAAUGUUGGAGCCUCGAAGUAUGGCUGCUGCAGCAGUUGUUGAUUUCCGUCUAUAUCUAUGUGGGGGCUACAAUGGUAUUGAAGACCUCAAGUCUUGUCAUGUUUUUGAUACCAAGACAUAUCAAUGGUCAACUUGUACUAGCAUGAUGGAAGCAAGAUCAAUGCAUGGCGCUGCAGCACUGGAUAGUAAAGUUUAUGUUGCUGGAGGAUGUAAUCAAGACCAGUGUCUCAGCACUGUAGAAUGUUUUGACCCAUGCACAAACUUGUGGACCAGCAUUCAACCAAUGCUUGGUCCACGUCGGGGAAUGGGUCUUACAGUCCAUGGAGACAUGCUGUACACAGCAGGAGGGCAUGAUGGCAAAGUUCUGCAAGGGACAAUUACAAAAUACAACAAGAACACCAAAGAUUGGUCUGUAGUUGGUAAUCUUAUCACUAGGAGGGGCAGAUUUGGCUUUUUAUAGUUAAUUGUAAAUGAAGUUUUUGUGGCAUGUCCACUCAAGAGUUGAUUCAGUUUUAACAAUACUUUAUCUAAUAUAUUAUGCAUGUUAGAAAGCAACAUAAAGAGAAUGAUUAUUGUGUGCAACAAUAACCAAUUCUCCAGAUAUGAAAUUCAACAUUUAGCUUUUAGUCUAGAUUUAGUAGAUUGUUUUUAUGUGACACUUUAAUAGAUUCAAUUUCCAGUUACUUGCCUGACUACAAUAAUUGAGAUCUGUGUUAUUUUGGAAUACCAUAGUUAUAAUUAAAUGAAAUUUAUUUGUCAUUUUUACUGUUCAGUUUUAUUGUAAAUCAAUUUUAAUGCUGAAGGAGAAAUUUCUACCUGAUGUUUGAGUAAAUUUAUCAAUAUUUUAAAACUUAUACAAGAUUUUAACAUUUUCAACGAGAUAUUUAUUGGAGCAGAUUUUUUUCCUGUAGUUUAUUUUUUAAGCUAGGUAUUUACACAAAUUUCGCCAAUAGCAUUAGUAAUAUAAUAAAUAGAUGUUGAACUUCUUGUGCUAAUGAAACCAGUCUAGUCUUGAAUUACUACAUUAUUGAUAAUAUGCUUGUAUAAUUUGUUAGACAUGUUUUUACAAUUGAAUGACUUUUAAUCCCAUUACAUGCAAGUUUGUAUUUUAUUUAUUACUUGCUGCAAUACUAAAAACAAAACAUCCACAGUUUUUCCAAAAAGGAUCUGCAUUAUUUGUUGUAAAAGUUGUUUUUAUUUUAUAUUGAUUUGUACUGUAUUACUUCCCACUCAGCAUUUUUAUUGGAGUUUUACAGAAAUUUAUAUUUUAUGAGCAUUUUGUUGUCUUAACACAUUAUCAUAAUUAACAUUGACCAAUCAAGAUGAUAAUCACAUUCCAUGAAUUUACUAGUAAAAAAUGUCAGCGAAUUUAAAUAAAGCCUAUACAAUUUAAACAGUCAUUCUUUUCUUGAAAUUCCUUUUUAUAAAUGAUUUUAUGUACUAAAUUUUAAAUUAAGCUGAAAAUGUAAGAGGGCAUUAUAAAAAAACAACCCAAAACAAAUCCAAAUGUUUAUGAAAUAUUCUCACAUUGCAAUUGUUUUUUUUUUGUUUUCAAAAAAGUUUUUUUUCUGUGCAAUAAAUAAAAUAUCAUCAUAUAAACAAGUCAUUUUAUUUAUGCAUUGAAAAAUAUAAUAUGAUUGAAUUUCUAAAAGCAAAAUGUAUCUGACUUUAAUAAAAAUGGGCUUUGAAUUUUUGUACCUUGAAAUAAAAUAGUUCUUUUUACUGAUUGGCAAUGGACAGAAAAGCAUUAGGCUCUUUUAGCAAAUGUAUUUUGUCACAAAGCUUGUACACUUGAAAAAAAUCCAGUUUUUUAAAACAUUUUUUAUCAAUAUCAUUUUAAACAUUCUUAAAUAUACUUGCAGCUUUUCCAUUUAAAAAUUUAGUUUUCAAUCAAAAGUUGAAGUUUUUAUAUUAAGUAUUUCAUUUAUCAACUCAGGGUUAUUUAUUAUAAUUGAAUACUAAUUGGCUUUAUUGAUAAGAAACAAAUGUCUUUUGUUUCUUGCUUUGAUUUGUUUUUUACAAGCUGAUCAAACUGGGUAUUUAUUUACAAGUUAUAUUCACCUUAUUGUUUGCCAACAGAUUAAAUUCUUAUGAAAUAUGUGUGUAUAUAUAGGGUAUUUGAAAUAUAAAAAGUGCAUGCCUGUUGGUCCACAUUAUUUCGAGAUUUAUUCCUUAUUUAAAGUUUUUUUUACGAAACUAUUGUUUUUCUGCUUGCUGUUCAUCACUGAACACAAGUAGAUAUGUUUAGAUUGACCACUGACAUUAUAACUAUUAAAAUGGUUUAGAACUGUUAAGUCUCUCAGAAUGCUAUUUUUGUUUUCCUCGUGGAAACUAAUGAUUGUAAAAAUAAAUCUGGGCAGCAUAUUUUUGUAACAGACACUUUGAAUUUGCUUUAUUGUUCCCUAUCAGCCUUGUUAUGUGAUUGGAGUUCAUAAUUUUAUUAAAUUAAAUGUUAAUUUUCAAAUCAUUUGUCAUUUUCAAGAAAAGAAACAUAAUUUUUUUUUGUCAGUUAUUAAGUUUGAAGAACAACUUUUUACUAUAAUGAUUUACAAUAUAUCAAAUUGUUAAAGAACAUUCCCAGUAUUAUUAUGUCCCUUGAUUUAUUUUCAAUUUAGUAUAGUAAUUUUUUAUUAUAUACAAUGUGUCAAAUGAAUAAAGUUUUGAAAUGAACAUAGAUUAAUAAAGCCUUUUAAAAACUGAUUGUCAUUACUUUAAAGAGAAGAAAAUUGCUUUGACAAUUUUUCCAAGUUGAUGUGUUAAAUUUUUUUGUAAAAUUACCACUAAGUUUAAACUGUUACUCUGCUAUUGAUUUGUAUUUAUUAAUGUUAUUGUACACAUAGACAUAUUAGUAGUAAUUAUUAUACAUUUUAACACCUAUUCAUCCUUUGUCAAAUAUUUAUUUACCCAUCUAAAAUGUAAGGUUUUUCUAAUUUAAAAUUUUGGAAUAUAAAAAAUUUAAACCAUUUAAAAUACAUAUUUAUAAUUAUUUGAUAGGCUUUAGUGAUAAUGAAGAGUAUAGUUGAAGAGAAUAUAAUUGUACUAUAUUUGAACUUAUUUAGACAUUAGUUUGGACAAUUACUAAAUAAGUGGAGGAUUACGUUUGAAAUAUGUGGAAGAUUACCUUAUACAUCUGUGUGUAUGAUUACUUAAUAUGUGGAUGAUUCAUUUGGGUGUCUGUGUGAAAGAUUACUUUGACCUCAGUGUAGAGUGUAGGCGAUUACUUUAGGUGUGUACAUAAAAGACAACUUUAAAUAUCAGUGUAAAUUAUUGCUUUAGACAUUAUUAUACCCAUCUGUGUAGAUGAUUACUUCAAAUUCAAAUUAUCUUUUAAAAUUCAAUACAGUUUCAAUGUGUUUUAA